CAUAUGGAUUUAGAUCGAUUCCAAACCAAUCCGUCUUCUUGUUCGGUCUAUACCGAGUACAAAAAGGAACCCUACCCCUCUGACGACCACCAGAAAUACUCAGAAUUGACCAUCUACAGACUUUUGGUAUUUUUGAAAUUUGUACCAUUUUUACAACGUUUUGAUAAAAACAACAAGAUCACUACGACAAUUACUACACAGCGAUGAUCACGAGGAUUGAUGAUGAUUAACAAACAAAUCAGCUGACAGUCUUUUUUAUUCAAAUAGUAGUUCAAAGAGUAUCAUGCAAUUUGCAAUUGUGAUUGAGAAAUUCCAUUACACUUGAAAUUGGUACGAACCCAUUUCUUCUUUACAACAAAGCCAUCGUCAUUAUAGAAUCUCUCAUAAGAGGACAACAGGCUUCUAGGAGCAGUUUACCAGAACUUGUAAUUUUCCUUUUGAGUUUCGAAAACAUAGAAAACAUAUCUCAAAGGAAAUUCGAAACUGCUUGGAUCGAACCUAUCUAUUUUACUACACUUCCUUUAAAAUUGUUUGAUUUUUUUUUCAAAAAAAAACUUCCGAUUGCUUCCAUCGGU